UGUCCUACUUAUAUUUCAGUCUUCACAAAUUUCAUUCAUUCAUUAUCCAGACUUGGAACUCCCCCGCAUGCGUUCAUGUUAAACUGUGCUUGCACUCUGAAUAAUAGACUUAUAGAACCAAGGAAUUGCAUUGGUGAUUUCGAAUGGAAAGCAAAUGACUCCAAUGGUGGCCCCUUGAAGAAGUACAAGCAAGACAGCUUCUAUAUUGACAAACGUGGCAACUUAAGAACUUUCAAUCACAAGCAGUUGUCUCGGAAAAGAUGUGGCUCUUUGAGAGGACGAGGAUGGAAAUAUGGGUCUGGAUUUGUUGAUGGAGUUUUCCCAGUUUUAAGUCCAGCUGCGCAGCAGAUUCUGGACUAUGUCCAGAAAGAACUGAAUACUGAGGAGAUUUGGAGUUCACUUGAUACGCUUCCUGCUUCUCUUUCCACAUGGGAUGAUGUAUUUAAUGUAGCUGUUCAGCUCCGAAUGAGAAAACAGUGGGAUUCAAUCAUUUCAUUAUGUCAAUGGAUACUGUAUAGGAGCUCCUUUAAGCCUGAUGUCAUAUGCUACAACUUACUCAUCGAUGCGUUUGGGCAAAAGUUGCAAUACAAGGAGGCAGAAUCCACUUAUCUGAAACUUCUUGAGGCACACUGUAUACCUACUGAAGAUACCUAUGCUCUUCUGAUAAAGGCUUAUUGCAUGUCUAGUCUGUAUGGGAAAGCUGAAGCCGUUUUUGCUGAGAUGCGAAAUUAUGGCCUUCCUCCAAGUGCGGUUGUAUUCAAUGCAUAUAUUGAUGGGCUAAUGAAAGGCCAAAAUCCCCAAAAAGCUGAAGAGAUUUUCCAGAGGAUGAGGAGGGAUGGCUGCAAGCCAACUACUGAAACAUAUACCAUGAUGAUAAACUUAUAUGGAAAGGCAAGCAAAUCCUCCAUGGCCCUAAAAUUGUUCCAUGAAAUGAAGAGUCUGAAGUGUAAACGAAAUAUUUGCACGUAUACUGCCAUGGUGAAUGCAUUUGCUAGAGAGGGACUGUGUGAGAAGGCAGAAGAAAUAUUUGAACAAAUGCAAGAAGCUGGGCUUGAACCAGAUGUGUACGCUUAUAAUGCCCUUAUGGAAGCUUACAGUCGUGCAGGUUAUCCAUAUGGGGCUGCAGAAAUUUUUUCACUAAUGCAGCACAUGGGAUGUGAACCAGAUCGAGCAUCAUAUAAUAUCUUAGUUGAUGCCUAUGGGAGAUCAGGUCUUCAUGAAGAGGCAGAAGCUACCUUUGAAGAGAUGAAAAGAGUAGGAAUCACACCAACAAUGAAGUCCCAUAUGGUUCUUUUGUCUGCCUACUCGAGAACAGGCAAUGUUGGUAAAUGCGAGGACAUUCUCAACCAAAUGCAUAAAUCUGGCCUGAAACUAGACACUUAUGUUCUCAACAGUAUGCUAAACUUGUAUGGAAGGCUAGGCCAAUUUGAAAAGAUGGAGGAAGUACUGUCAGUAAUGGAGAAAAGAUCACAUUUAGAUGAUAUCAGCACAUACAACAUCUUGAUAAACAUGUAUGGACGAGCUGGUUUUAUUGAGAGAAUGGAAGAGCUAUUCCUGUCUCUUCAUGGCAAGGAUUUAAAACCCGAUGUGGUGACUUGGACAUCUCGGAUUGGAGCUUACUCUAGAAAGAAACUCUACGGCAGAUGCUUGGAAAUAUUUGAAGAAAUGGUUGAUUCUGGUUGUUACCCAGAUGCAGGAACUGCUAAGGUACUACUAGCAGCAUGUUCCAAUAAGGAUCAAACUGAGCAGGUCUCUACUGUAAUUAGAACAAUGCAUAAGGAUUUGAAGACUGUUUUGCCAAUAUGAUUUUUGCUUUGUUAUUGUAUGAAUGGAUAGUUUUUUUUUACAAUAGAGGGCUAUGCCCAUAAACAGUAAAAAUUAAACAA